GCAUGUUUCAAGAAGGCCAGACAGGCAAGGAUGGCGUGAACUGGAUGCAUGCCGUCAGGACACGCACCUCGCGACCCCGCUUGGCUCGUGCACGGUAUCCCCUCAUCCCGCAUGGCAUGGCAGAGUGGAGCCCCGGAUUGGCCAACGUCUUGGAACUCUCUCUCUCUCUCUCCCACAGAUGGAUGGAUUUAAUGUGAAUGAGGGAGACUGAGUGGCACGAGACGUCGUGCCUUCUUGGGGCCUUCACAGCAUGGACGGUGUGGAU